GGAGGGGGAUUAAGGCGAAGUUUACGGGUAGCAUGGGACCUGAAUCUGGAGGGAGUAUUCAGAGUGCUUCGUGGGGCAACAGCCAUGACGGAGGGAUGAUCGAAGUGGCGAGCGUUGAGUGGUUACCGGCUGGGUAUGCACAUUCCAGACACGUCCCUAAUCGGAAGGCCCGCAUGAAGCAGUAUGCUGCCGAACGUGCGCGAUUGAACCUCGUCCCCGCUUCUGCCUCCACAGCGGCCAGUGUUUUAUCCCCCACUGGAUCGAUACAAAAGUCCUUGUCGCCAGUGUCAUCUGCUUCGUCGCCGGAGACGGCCUCGAAGGUUUUGCCUUCGAACAGGAGCGACACUACGACAAGUUCUUGGACGAGAUAUUCUGAUUCGACGCUUGUUGAGCUUGAAAUGGAGGAAGGGGAGGAGGAAGGUGGGAAGUUGAGCGUGUUGCUUGAGUUUGGGGAGGCGAAGAAUGGGGAUCUUGCGAGCUUCGUGUAUCAUCCCGAUUUGGUACGGAGUGCUACAUUCCCGUCAGUCGAGAGUACUGCCGCGAGCAGUCAUUCUCAUGCUCCAGCUCGGCCGCCACCCAGAAAGAGGAGGAAAGUUGCUCAGGAAGAGACGAGCCCUUCACCUGCAUUGGAAGAGAGUGAGAAGACGAGACCGAGGAGGAUUGCUCUUAUGAAUGAUACCAUGACGUAAGUUGAAUUUUCAGUCAGGAUUGAUGACGUGCUCUUAUAUUUCAAUUGGUUGUUACAGGUACGUUCUGCAACCGAAUGAGGCCGACUCUUCUGCGAAGCCCUCUCAACGACAAUGUGUCUAUUCCCUCCGAACGGUCACGAAUGUCCC